AAGAUGACUAUUUUGAAAUCUUACUUCAGUUUGACAGAUCCGUUUUGCUGGUGAACACUCACUCGCGUUGCCAGAGUCAAGUGUCACUCAGGAGUCUUAUAGAUAGAUCAGUUGAAGGGACAUUUGACAGCGCUCAGUAACGUCAGCUAAUUGGCUACGGUGAUUAUGUCCAGUGUGUGUAAAAGCCAGUGACUUUUGACAUUUUCAUGUGUUUAAGGGCUAUAUAUAGUACAUCUCAGUGUUCAUAAAUUAGACUAGUUUUCACAAGUGAUCCUAAAAUGGCAUUUGAAGACAGAUCAAGUCCAGAUACAGCGACCAGUCCUUGCACUAGUGACUGUGGAGGUAAAUUUAACACUCCGAAUUCGCCCGAAAGUACAAGAACUUCACCAUUUACUUGCAUAACAAUUCCCAACAGUCAAAACCACCACUCUUAUAGUUCACGAUCAGAUGAAGAAUCUCCGAAAAACUUGGUGGUUCCGAAGAUGGAGCAUCCUGAGAGGUCAUUUUUCCGGAUCGCUUCGUACGCUCUACCGAGUCCAAAGCGGGAAUACGACAGGCAUUCGCCUAUAAGCUAUAGAUCAGCAUCUCCUAUCGACAGUGUCGCUUCGAGCGUGUCAUCUUCAUCCAGUAACGAGCCAAUCAUCCACACCUUAAAAUACUCAAUUACCAAUAUCUUGCAGCCAGACUUUGGAAAAAAUGCAAUUUUUCAAAGUAAAUUCACCGAGAAGGUUAGCUUUCGGCCCUACGAAAGUAUCGCUAAUGACCAGAAAAAGUCAUUCGGGGUUCCACCUUUGGGAUCGUUAUGUCAAACUGUAUCACAGAUCGGUUCAUCCACUUCAAACGCGAGUCUUUUCUCCCCGGGCAGCUCCAGCGGAGGCGGCAUUAUUGUUCGUAAUUCACGAAGUCCACCCUUAGCGAGUCCUAGUAGUGUACUCAGCACCGAAGACGCGAAGAAAGAUGAGUCCACGGUUCCUAAGUUAUGGCCAGCUUGGGUGUAUUGCACCAGAUACUCUGAUCGACCCAGCUCUGGUCCUCGAUCCAGGAGAAUCAAAAAACCGCAGAGUGUAAGUAAAACCGAAGACAAACGUCCACGAACGGCCUUUUCCAGUGCCCAGUUAGCGCGGCUGAAGACCGAGUUCAAUGAGAAUCGUUAUCUCACUGAAAGCAGACGUCAAAAGCUCAGUACUGAACUGGGGCUCAAUGAAGCUCAAAUUAAAAUAUGGUUUCAAAAUAAGAGAGCAAAGAUUAAAAAGUCCACCGGGCAGAAAAAUCCUUUGGCUUUACAGCUGAUGGCACAAGGGCUUUACAAUCAUAGUACUGUAGCAUGUGAUGAGGACGAUAUGCCCUUGUCUGCUUAAGGUUUCGUUAACGCAAAACUUCUGCAUGAGCCACUUAAAUAGAACAUCCAAAUAGUCAAAACCCUUUUUGAAUAAAACUCUUUGUGAUCUCGAAUAUAUAUUAUUCUUUUGUUAAACAUUCUGUAUAGUGUAAUACAUUUUCCAUAUGGGCAUGUAAUGUACAGGGCGAGUAUAGGUAGCUCCCAAUUUCAGUGUGCCGAUCAUCAAAGUGGCCUCUAGGCAAAGUUAGACAAUAAAUUCCUAUCACUUUGUAACAAAUCCAUAUCAUAAUUAAUAUCAUAUUUAAUAUUUUAGCACAUUUCGUUUUUUAAAUAAGUUGCUCACUUUUUAAGCUAAAUUCAUAUGCUGCAUAUAAAUAAAAUUGAAAUUAAAUAAACUAUUUUCCACUGUUUCCCAUUCUCCUUUGCUUGCAAAUGCAAAAUUUUUGGGAAAGCUUUCUUUGUAUUUAUUUGUCUACGAGCUAAGUCGAGAGGAUUCUCGAUUUCCUCUACCAAAAUUGGUCCACUCGCCUGUACAUUAUUAUCAAACUUAGUGUACAAAUAUAGGUAAGGUACACAUUAUCGAUUUGUACAUUUGAGCAAAACUGUAACUUAUGCUAGUUUUUUGGGACAGUUCAAUGUUUGUGUCUGGAAAAGCAUUAAGUAGUUUGCCAAAUAACUGUGUGUCUGAUGAAAAGCUUUAUUGUUAGAAGAAACCAUAUAAGUUUGUGUAUUUGAUGCCGCUUUGAUAAAACUUUUAUGGCUGCUAACGAGCCUUAAUGAGGCGUUGAAUAUACAAACGUGUCAUGUAUAGUAGACUGAAAUUUAUUUAAUAGAUUUAGUGCAAUGUUUUUGUAUAGAUUUGUUAUCGUAUAGAAACGAAAUACAAUUUUGUUCUUCCUUA